GAGACACCACCUCCUCGGAGCGGGGAGGCGGAGGGACGGGGAGCAGAGAUCCGUCAGCUCUUCCUCAGUCCGGGAGCAGAAACUGAAGCGUCUGCGGAGGAUUUUCACCUUCGUGCGUAAAAGUGCGGCGCGUCCUGUGCGCGUUUGGCACAGAGGAGUAGGAACCUCGUCUCCUGGGAGCUGCCGGAGGUUCAGUUCAUGCUGCUCACUUGUAGCUCUCCGUGUCUCACUUUGAACCAGGUGACCUGACUGUUUGUUGCAUGUAAACAAACGGAAUAUCAGGUCCUGGAUCCCGGAGAACCUUUAACCGACGUGUAACUGACGCGGACUCUACGCGUCCCUUUCGUCUCGUCUUGGACAGGACUGUUGGAGGAGCAGAGGCGCGGAGGGGGUUCGAGGGUCUUCGGAGCCGGGUCUCAUCCCAUGAUGGGACACGGCAGCUGUCAUCUGGCGCGAGGAUGAGCCACAGAAGCAGUCCAGCGCGGGCGUACGACUUCCUGCUCAAGUUCCUGCUGGUGGGUGACAGCGAUGUGGGGAAGGGAGAGAUCCUGGCGAGCCUGCAGGACGGAGCCAGCGAGUCCCCGUACGGAUACAACAUGGGUGAGUCAGGGGGGGAGAGAGGGUGUGAGACGGGUCAGUGUGUGAGGAGGUUAUUUAUUUAUAAUCCACCCACCUGUCAGGUUAUUUUGGGGGUAAACGCACGUGGACGUCCUGUUUUUACGCACAGUUGACGCUCCGUCUGUGAAAAGCAGCUGAUCAAACCGAGAGAGAGAGAGAGAGAAUGAGAGCUUUCAGCACGAAAACCAACACAAACACAACAAACUGAUCAUAACUGGUCUGUUCCUGCCUGAGGUAACACGAGACACUUUGGCGAGAAUCCCAGUUUGAAAUAAACCACUCUGAACUGGAACAGCUCCCAGUCCCCCUCACUGAGAGUCUGAACAGACCGAGCAGAGCAGAGAUACUCACAAACUCACCUUUACAUCUCAGAACAACAUCUCACUGAUCCACAGGUCCCUCAGUCUCCAACAUCAGUUAUAGAUUUACAAGAAUAAUGUCACAUUUAUGAGAAUAAAGCCGCAAAUUCCCUCAAACUCUCAGGAGAAAACUAGUUCAGCUAAAAUCUAAAGUUGUAGGUUCACAGUCAUAAAGUAUCACAUUAAUAAAAGUGAGGUUUUACAGUGUGAGGAACAGUUGGAUGAAAACCUGUUUACAUUUUCAAAUUUUGAAACUGAGAAUAAAAAUGUAAAGUUUACAGAAAUAACCUCAAAUGUGCAAGAAUGAAGUUGUAAAGUUUACAAGACCUCAGUUAUAGAGUUUACAAUAAACAAGUCAAAUUCAGAGAGGUCAGUCCGAACAGCUGACGGACGAUAACAAAGUUUUUCAUCGACUGAAUUAAAGGAAGAACAUUUAUGAUCAUUUCUUUAUCAUUUCCUUGAAAUAAUAAUCACCAUAUUAAUCAUUUUAAGAACGGUAGUUCUUCUGUCAGAGAAAAAUGUUUGGUCUGAUUGUAUUUCCAUGAAGAAAUGAUCAUAAAUGUUCUUCCUUGAGCUGCGGCACCCCGCUGUAGUCUGUAAUGGACUGGCCUGAGGUCUCUCUACAAACAAGCGGCUGCAGGAAGAGAGUAGGUGAGUUGUGUUUAGUCUCUUUGCUAAAGAAAUGAGUCAAAGUUAAAAAGAUGUUUGGUGUCUAGUACUAUGUCUGUGACCCUAUAUGUCCUGUUGAUGAAGUUAGGUGCUGUUCUGAGCAUUAUUUGUGGUUAUAGAGUGGCGUUUUCCCUCCUUUUUCUGAAGUUUUUGACUCGUCUGUGUCUCAGCGGAUGAUCGAUCUCUCUAGUUUUAUAAAUCAGUGAAAACACGUGUCUUCUCUGUUAUCAGGAACUCUCUGUGUUUUUAAAACCUGAAGGUAAAUGAAGGACUAGACCGGUGGGUUUGUGUCUCUGAGGGUGAGGCUGGUUCAGACUCUCAGAUUGAUUCAGUCUGACGUUGUCGUUGUCGUUGUCGUCUUCACAUGUAGAUUUUUCGGACAUGUCUCUGCUCGUCUGGAGAAACUCUGUACCUGUGUGAGCGCUCUCACUGAUCGAUCAGAGAGUCACACCUUCAGCUUCAGUUCAGUGACGACAGCUCUGAGUUCACAGGGAACACAAUUCUGCUGAUUCAGGAGAGUUCAACAUCUGAGCGGAGAAUCAGCUUUCUGUUUGUGUUGACUUUAGCGCCCCCUGUUGACUGAGUGGUUCCUUCCUCGUGUUCUGAAACCUCUCCUGCCAAGGUACCACAGUCUGUGGAUCUGUUUUGUGCUGCGUGAGAGUAACCCCAAGUUUCCACAGCAUCCAGAAUGGCUAUGAAAAGGUCGUAUCCUCCGAUCGUAACCAUUCAAGUUAACGUGUUCCCGGAUAAACGCAGAUUUGAUCCACCAAAGUCUGAGUUUGUGACCUGAGCCUGAAUCGAUCUCAAAAAACUGAGCUGGAGAAGAACUUUUUCCCCAUCGUACCUUCCUCUUAUUAUUAAAAACCCUGACUGUGUGUGUGUGUGUGUGUGUGUGUGUGUGUGUGUGUGUGUGUGUGUGUGUGUGUGUGUGUGUGUGUGUGUGUGUGUGUGUGCACAUGUGUGUGUCUGUCAUGUUAAUAAACCCGUGCUGGCAGGCAGAUGCUCAUGACUCACGCUCGCUCAGCAGGAGGGCGGCCAGGACGAGUCGUUGCUCUCAGCUCCUCACACACAGAUUACUGGUGAUGAUGUAACACACACACACACACACACACACACACACACACACACACCGGCGGCGGCCAUGUUGGAUGUCUGCAGCUCCAGGCUGACAGUGACUAUGUACAGUUCAUGUUGGACCUGUUGUUCUGGACUGUGGGGUCCUCAGGCUCCAUCGUGGUCUCUGUGUUUCCCUGAGAUCAGCUGAUCUGUGGAGAUCUCUGAGGUUAGCGUGGACGAUGGCGGCGGAUCGUGUCAUGGUCCAGACUAUCGCAGGGACAGGACUGACCCCUGUGUCAUGUUAGGAGCUGUGAGAGAACAUCAUGGGUCAUGUGACCAGAGCGUCUCCUUCAGCAGCAUCCAUUCAUCCAUCCAUCCAUCCAUCUAUCCAUUCAUCAUCCAUCCAUAAUCCAUCCAUCCUUUACUCAUGAUCUACUAUUGGCUCCUGAUUGGACAGGUUAAGGUCAGCUGAUUGUGGAUGAAGCUCCUAACUGGUUGACAGACUAAAACAAAGAUGGCGACUUUAAUCUGUUAUCCUCAGUCAAGAAGAGAAAUGAGACUUUUUCACCAAAAUACGAUAAAUCAAUAAAUCCUCAGGGAUGAUCGUUGUUUCUGAGAGAUCAGGAUCUGGAUCAGGAUCUGAAAUACUCUUGUCGUCUCAGUGGGACAGAAAAACUCCUGAUAUCACAGAAACACUCAGAGAGCUGCCGGUCUCACAGACGGAGUGGAUUUGACUGAAAGUGAACAUGUUGUUUUCUUGAUCUAUGAGCGUUUGGGACAGUCCCGUCUUCUGUCCGCCAUGAUUACUUCUGUGGUUUAUCAUCAGGAACAACUUCCUCCUGUCAUGUGACCUGUCGUUGUUUGAUGGGAUGUGUUGGACGAAGAUGUUGGACUUAUAAAUCUCCUGAAAAAGUCGUUUAUUUGACAGGAAGUGUUUUAUCUUGGAUGUUUGAAACCUCAGGAAACAUGAGGUUAAUUUUCUGCUCCACAGUUAAAGAGUAUUUUUAAUUUAAAGUCCUGAAUCCUCCGUUCACCCUCACGUGUCGGCGUGUUUUAUACUCGACAGCUGAUCUCUGUGUGAGUCAGGUUUUACUGUUCGCUUUAAUCCGAGCGCGUCGCUGCUUCUCUGUGACGGAGGAGACGAGCGGAUCGUCACGGGAGGAUUAAUCCGGCGUUAAUAUUUCAGACAUUUAGCUGACAUCCAGAGCAGCUUAGUGAGAGGGCGGGAAAAGCCGCUCUGCUUCGAUCAGACCGCUGACAUAACCAACAGACAGGAGGGUCAAAGGUCGGAGAUACAGAGAGGCAGCAGCAGGAAAACCAGAGUCUGACCCCGGAGUGACCCUGAAGGACGAGACGAGGCUGAAGAAGAGUUUAAGAGAGAGUCCGUCUGUGAACAGAGGAGUUAUUCUGAACUCUACAUGAACACUCUACACACUUAAAGGUGGUUCAUGAUCCUGAACCUGUGUUCUUUGGUGUUGAGGACUGUUCCAAUCUGAUCCAAUCAGGAGGCAGGAUUCUCCGGCUCAGCAGGCGGCGAUGGGACUAAAACUACAAAUUAACGUCAAUGAAAAAAAAACACAAAAAUAGUGAAGGUCAGCGCUUUGAUUUUAGAUUUAGGGAUCAAUAAAGACGAUCACUACAGAAGAGAGUCUACCAGGUUACUAAGCAACAAUAAUGGAUGAUGGAUGGAUGAAUGGAUGGAGGGAUGGAUGGAUUAUGGAUAAAUGAUGGAUGGUUGAUGAUGUAUAAAGGAUAGAUGGAUGGAAUAUGGAUGGAUGGAUGGAUAAGGGAUAGAUGAUAGAUGAAUGGAUGAUGGAUGGAUGGAUGGAUGGAUGGAUGGAUGGUUGAGUAAAGGAAAGAUGGAUGGAUGGAUGAAUAGAUGAUUAGAUGGAUGAUAAAUGGUGGAUGGAUGGAUAAAGGAUGGAUAAUCGAUGGAUGGAUGUGUGGAUAAAGGAAAGAUGGAUGGAUGAAUAGAUGAUUGGAUGGAUGUUGAUGGAUGAAUGUUGGAUAAUCGUUGGAUGGAUGGAUGGAUGGAUGGAUGGAUGAAUGAUGGAUGGAUGGAUGAUGGAUGGAUGGAUAAUGAUGGAUGAAUGAUGGAUGGAUGGAUGGUUGAGUAAAGGAAAGGUGGAUGGAUGAAUAGAUUAUUGGAUGGAUGUUGAUGGAUGGAUGAUGGAUAAUCGUUGGAUGGAUGGUUGGAUGGUUGGAUGGAUGGUCGUCUGUUCUCCUCUGCUCUUGGUUCCUUCAUUCCUGGACUUUUCUCUCCUUCAGUCGUUGUUUUUUUUUAAAACUGUUGGAGGUUUUUGGAAAACUUGUUUUUUUUGUUUGGACUUGAAAAAGAAGCUCUGAGAUUCACCGUCACCUUUUUUUUGUUCACCAGUUCAACUGAAGGAACAGUGAAAACCAAACUGGUCUCACACUUUGGCCAAUUAGGAGUUACACCAUAUUAAUCCCCCUCUUGUUAAAAAAGCGUCCCCCCUCACAUCCUCCGUCCUUGUUUUGGCGUUGAUGGGAGUCCUCCACCCGCCGGUGACGACACAGUUCCAGGCCCACGUCAGGCUGUUUUGGCUGAGUCGGAGCAGCGCAGCCUUGAUGUCUGCUGUUUCUGGGUCAUCUCCUUUAAUAGGAGGUUUGACGGGAGACGGAGACAUAGCUGUGGUUGGCCGCCUGCCUGUCAGGGAGUUUUGUGGCGAGGUGCGGGAUGAAUGCAGGCCCGGCUGGAGCAGGAUCAACACUGUGGAGGCCACAGGCGUCUGACCUGGAGGGGGGCUUUGCUCUUCAUCCAAGUCCAGAGAAGAGCUGCUAUUACAGGCUGAGCUGGAGGAGGAGGAUGCCAAACCCGGAGCGGGGGACGCGGUGAUCGGAUCUGGACAAGGACACCCACAGACAGCCUCACAGUCUCAGUGAUGGCGUUUAAUGAAGCGUUUAUAAUUACUCACAUUAAGGCCGAUCGCUCGUUCACAAUUUGUCCCCGACAUCCAUUAGCAGCUGUUUUGUAACGUCUUUACGGGGUUGUGUAACUUCACAAAAACACAUCCACACUUAGAGCGGGCCGAGUGUGUGUGUGUGUGUGUGUGUGUGUGUGUGUGUGUGUGUGUGUGUGUGUGUGUGUGUGUGUGUGACAGUGCUGAGAGCGGCUCAGCGGGGGGAUAAUGACGGAGAAAGUGGAGAUGCUGUCGGUGCUGCCAGGAGAGGCUGACUCAUCCUGUGGAUGUUUGAUACCUCUGGUAAAGAUGGCCGACCUCUGACCUCUGACCUCUGCCUGUAUGAAAACUGCGAUUUCUCUUUUUCCGAUGAAACAUUUGAGUUUGUUUUUUAUGUGACGCUCUGAAAACAGAAUCUGUAACCUGAUGAGCUUCAACGUUUGUUCUGUGAGUAAAGUCAAAUUUAACAGUUUAAUCUUAACGUGGAUGUUGAAGGAAGGUCCAUGUAGUUCCUCAAGUAACUACAUGGUGGCGCUAUGACUGCAGUUGAAAAAUAAGCACAUGGAUGUGAUCAGGGGUUGACCCGGAUCAUGAGUCUGAAAUUGUAUGAAAAGGAUUUGUCGCAGGUCUUGGUACGAUACCUUUACCUUGCUAAAACCGUGUGUAGGUUGAACCUUAUGGCAAAGCUGAACUUUUGCAGAAGGGGGCGCUGUUUAGCCUUUUUUUUUUGGCCUGAUGCCGGUGAGAAGUCCGCUAAAAAAACCUCCCUGAUCACAACUGGGUUCACGAGCUUGAGCCGUUUACCUCAUUAGCCUUUAUGCUUUCUACGUGAGUACAGCCAGCACCAACGCUAACCAUUCAUGUGAAUCAGUACUGCCUGUGUCCAACAGGUGGCAGAAAUCUAUGUAUGUAGAUGGGCUCAGGUUGGGAUCAUGUUCAAGUCUUUUUUUCAGACUUCUUUUUAACUUGAAGUGUUUUCAGUUUGUUUACAUGUUUAAAAAUCCUUUAAUAGAGUUAUAAAGAUAAGUGUUAGAGCAUUAAAAUGGAGUAUAAGGACAUCUGUUAUUUAAUGAAAAGUUGUUGGGACAUGGAGAGGUGUGGUAUUCACUUUGGCACAGAUCUGAGAGGUAAAGACACGUUUUCUAAACCCCUGUUGGUAGGAUAGUCAGACCAUACCUGCCAAAAUUUGGGUGAUAAAAUCAGAGAGAUUUUUUUGAGGCGCGUGCCGGGCAGUUUUGGGGUUACCUUGUAUGGUGGAUAUGAUAUGAUAGUAUACAUUAUAUCACGUUUGUUUUCCUGUGAGGCUCAGCAGAAACACUCGACAAUCUUCGGUUUUCUGGAAACUUUGGACAAAUAUCGUGAUCUGAUUAAUGCAUGAAAAUGGAACAUGUAAAUUACGGGAGAGUCCCGGGAGAAAUAACAAUACGGGAGUGUUGGCAGGUAUGAGUUAGAGGCUAAAGGGUUAUUUCAGGGAAAAGGAGGAUGUAUUCACCUCAGAUUCAGCUGUUUUAUUCAGAUAAAAACUCUCAGUUCUUAUUGUGGUGAAAAGUACAAACGGAUCAAACUGGUUAAAGAUCAUUUACGCUCCAAUAAUCCAGGAUUAUCUUGGAAAACAGUGACCUGGUCCUUUAAUUCUGCUACUGUAAGCAUUACUAACCACCUCUGCAGCAGCCCUCAUCACACACACACACACACACACACACACACACACACACACACACACACACACACACAUAAAUAAAUGUAUACUGUACACACAGAGCCAGCAGGCAGCUCCAGUCUGUUCAGUUUUCUGGUUUUGACGUGUGUCUACAAACCUCAGCGCUCCGACCUCCUCUUAUGUAACAACACUUUCCCAAGAUGCCUCAUGUAUCAUGCAUGCCAGAGAGCGAGUGAGUGUGUGUGUGUGUGUGUGUGUGUGUGUGUGUGUGUGUGUUAUGACUUGAACAUAUGUGUGUAGGUUGUACUGGUGUGUUGUCCUCCUCCCAGAAUAACUCCAGGAUUACAUCACAUCUUGUUCCUCCUCCUCCUCCUCCUCCUCCUCCUCUUCUCCUCGCUCUGUUUCUCUCCGUCUCUUCCUGUCAGCUCCUGUUUCUUCUUCUUCUUCUCUCAGAUUUUACGAUCGUGUUUAGAAAGGAAGAAGAAGAAGAAGAGCCAAGCUGACCGACCUGCUGCUCACUUUGAUGCAACGAUGGUUUUCUAGUAGAUUGGAAGUAAAGUAAAAAAAACAAUCAGAAGCUGAAUCAGACCAGGUUCUGGAGUCAGCUUCUCAACAGUUCAGGGUCUCCUUGGUCCUGUUUUUGGGGUCAUGAUGCUCCAAAUGUUUUAAUCAACUCAGGGAUUCAUCAGUCCAGGACUCUUCUCCUACAGAGCCAUGCUGCUGAAUGUGGUUUGGGAUCAUAUGAAGGUCUUCUCUGAAAAAGUCUGGAUGGACGCAGAUGUUGCUCCUAAACCUGGAGAUGUUGUUUAAAACUGAGGAUGCAGCAUCUAUGAUUUCCAGUUGUCCUUUCCAAAAGAGAGUUACCCCCAAUUUCCACCGCAUCUAAAACAGCUGGUUUGACUUUGACACACUUUGCAUAAACCUUGGAUUAAUCUGUUGUAACUUGUAACUGGCCAAAGUGUGAGACCAGUUUGGUUUUUAGUUGAACUGGUUUUGCUGGUUUUAGAUAAUCAGCAGUGUCUUUGUCUUUUGGUUUAACUGGAAGCUUUUCAGCAAGACACAACAAAGAGCAGUCGAGAAGAGCAUUUACAUAACCUACAUAUCUGUGUGUUUUAGUGUGUGUGUGUGUGUGUGUGUGUGUGUGUGUGUGUCAGCCUUUGUUCAAGCAUCACGGCGCAGUCGUUCCUCGCAGACAGCUCCUGAUAAUUACUGUAAUAAAAAAGACGAGCCACUCGCUGCUUUUGUUCCCGGCGGAGACUCUGUGACAGCAGCCUGAUAUUAACAGCUAAUCAGGAGAGUGUGUGUGUGUGUGUGUGUGUGUGUGUGUGUGUGUGUGUGUGUGUGUGUGUGUGUGUGUGUCUCUGUGUGUGUGUGUCUUCCUGUAAAGCUGGUACAAAUCUCUGAUAUUCUGAGGUAAAUCUGCGCCCGUCUUAGUUUGAAGCCUCCAGCGGUGGAUUUUCUUAAUCUGCUGUCAGAGGAAACAUUAGUUUGGAGGUUGAGGGUUGUUGGUUCUAAUCCCUGUGAAACGGCUUUAAAGUGACACUGUUUAACCUCGGCCUCCCACUGAAGACGUGGAUGAUUUCACUCUUUUUCACUACAGUGUUGAAGGUUCAGAUGAAGUUCCAGUGAGACGGUUUUAGAAACACUCAAGAGUCGAUGAUUUUACUGCUGCUAUGAGUUAGGCCUGGGUGAUGUGUCCUCAAAUCAAUAUCCCGAUAUAUUGAUCAGUUCACCUCGAUAAUGAUAAAUGGACGAUAACUACUCCACCAGCUGUUCACCGUGUCGACCUGUUUUAUGUCCAGUCAUCGUUCCUUUAAACUCUGCUCUUGUUUUACUUUACGCCUCAGUGUAAAAUUAUCAUGUUUCAUAAAUAAACUCUUGUCGGAUAUUUGACCUCCUGCCACACUCGUGUUUCUCCUCUCACUGUUUAUCUUCAGGAUCCUAACAGCUGCUCUGUUUUUCUUCUGGUCCAGGGAUCGACUACAAGACCACCACCAUCCUCCUGGACGGGCGAAGAGUCAAGCUGCAGCUCUGGUGUGUGCUCACUUUACUCUCUCUCUCUCUCUCUCUCUCUUUUCUCCCUCCUGAUAAAAAUCCUCCUGAGAGCGGCCCGGCGCUCGUCCUUUUCCCCCGCUCUGUUUCUGUCAGAUCAUGUGACCGUCAGCAGAGAGGCUGUUUCUGCGGAGGGAGAGAGCUCGGAGAUAAACAGGAAGCAUGUGAGGCUGUUUGACGGGAUAAAGAGCUGGUUCAGGUGACGCAGCCUGAGGGGGACAUGAGGUUUUAGACCCUCUCAUCUGAAAACAUCUCUGUUUUUCUGUUUUAUGAUUUAAGUUCAUCUUGUGGUUGACCUUUAGGGCCACCGUACCAACAGGAGUCGGGUGAUAAAUCUGUGCAGAGCGUUUUCUUAAAAACACGACGCUCACUCACAGAAAAGUCAUUUCUACGGUGACUGAAGCGUCUCUCUGCAGACUUUUGACGCACAGAUUCAGAAAAUAAGACGAAUUAAUUUGUCUGAUUGUCCUGAAAAAUACAAAAAAACAAACAAGAGCAAAAAGAAACGAAUAAGAACAGAAACAGGAGCUAGAUCUAAAGCUCUGUGUUUGAGAUCUCUGCGGAGAGAGGACGAUGUGGGAGGGAUUAUAGGGCACUUACAACACACACACACACACACACACACACACACACACACACACACAGCUAAAGCGUCUCAUCCGCUUAAACAUCAAACAAAGUUUCAGAUUAAUAAUUUAAUAUUGACUCGGCUAAGAGCAAAAGCUCUAAAAAUACCUCUGAGAGGCCUCUGUGUGUGUGUGUGUGUGUGUGUGUGUGUGUGAGUGUGUGUGUGUGUGUGUGUGUGUGUGUGUGUGUGUGUGUGUGUGUGUGGUAGCCUCCCCCUAGGCUGCACACACUCUGAGUAAAUCCAGCUCCAUGAACACACACACACACACACACACACACACACACACACACACUGGUUUUCUGGUUUCAUGGUCACACUCUCUCCCGACUCUGAUGGCGAGCGUUCGUUCGUUCGGUCCGCCCGCCCGCUCGAACAGACGGCCUCUCUCAGGAUCAGAUCAUCAUCGUUGUGGAUUUGAUCGGGUUUUAUUGGACCACCUGGCGUACGGGCUGGCAGCCCGCCUGGUAUCUGGUCUGGGUCAGCAGCAGCGGGACGGCAGCCAGCGAGCAUCCGCGCCGGCCAAUCAAAACAGAGCUCUGGUAUUCGGCACUGCUGUUCGGAGACACUUUUGUUUUUCCUCUGUGGACUCAGACGAGCGUGUCUCUGCAGGACAGUCUGAGGACUUCCUCUGUAAACACAGUCCUGACUGAACAUCAUAAGAGAGAAUCAAAACAAGUCCGACCACAAACAGAUCCAAAACAACAACCUCUGAGUCCGAUUCAGAGUUAUUUCACACCUCAGUCAAGACCAGGACGCAGAAUCUAGGAUUUCUAGUUCUUCGUUGAAAGGACAACUGGACUUACUUGAGACGUUUCGCCGAAACGUCUCAAGUAAGUCCAGUUGUCCUUUCCAAAAGAGUGUUUGAUGUUGAUUCAUCAGACCUCAGAACAGUUAGUGAUAUUCAAGGGAUAUUCCGAUCAGGACACGGGUCAAGAUCACAGUGAAGGUUAAGCAGAACCCUCUUAUCAAAUCCAGCCUCAGGUCGAGACCAACAAAGACAGGAGUCCAGAUCAACAGGUUUCAAGUUCAGACCACAAAGCAGGUCUUGCUUGUGACAAGGACGUCAGAUGUUGACGAUCUCAGAGUCUGCAGAAGGUGAAGAAGCUUCGAUUUAACUCCUAAAUGUGUCUUCUGUGUUUCAGGGACACGUCCGGACAGGGUCGAUUCUGCACCAUCUUCAGAUCCUACUCCAGAGGAGCACAGGUACCUUCACUCACAGCUGAACCUGGACUUCUUUAACCCUGUCACAGGUUUUACUAAAUAAAGGAGGGUAUAGGAACCAGCACCACUGUCCUUCAGGUUCAUGUCUUUGGAUCUGGACUCUCUGCAGGUUUACCUUCUUCAAACCCUUCCUCGAUUCAGCACCUCGGACAGCUCCAGUUCAACGAUUGCUUAUUUCGUCAUUAUCUGCUCUAACGGCGUCUCGUUCACCGCCCUCUUGAGUUUGCUGCCAGAAGGUUGUUAAUUCUGUCACAGACACCCUCCCUGAAACUUCUGAGACCAGUUUUGGGUCUAAGACUAGCUGGUCUACAAAAACUCCUCAAACUUAAAGGUGGGGUAGGCAGGAUCUGAGGACUGUAAACUCUACCCCUUCCCAACCAGUUUUCCAGCUUUUGCUGGGGCGGUUUGUGGCCCAGUGCGAAGCGGCUGGGAUGCGAAUCAGCACCUCCAAGUCCGAGGUCAUGGUCCUCAGUCAGAAAAAGGUAGAUUGCCUUCUCCAGGUCGGAGGGGCGGUCCUGCCUCAAGUGGAGGAGUUCAAGUUUCUCUGGAUCUUGUUCACGAGUGAGGGUAGAUUGGAGCGGGAGAUUGACAGACGGAUCAGAGCGGCGUCAGCAGUGAUGCGGACGUUUAACCGAUCAGUCGUGGUGAAGAAAGAGCUGAGCCGUAAGGAGAGACUCUGGAUUUACCGGUCGAUCUACGUGCCGAUCCUCACCUAUGGUCAUGAACUUUGGGUAAUGACCAAAAGAACAAGAUCGCAGAUACAAGCGGCUGAAAUGGGUUUCCUCCUCAGGGUGUCCGGGCUCAGCCUUAGAGAUAGGGUAAGGAGCUCGGACACUCGGGAGGCGCUCAGAGUAGAACCGCUGCUCCUCCACGUCGAGAGGAGUCAGCUGAGGUGGCUCGGGUAUCUGGUUAGGACGCCUUCUGGACGCCUCCCAUUAGAGGUGUUCCAGACAUGUCCCACCAGGAGGAGACCUCAAGGCCGGCCCAGGACCAGGUGGAGGGAUUAUAUCUCUCGCCUGGCCUGGGAGCGCCUGGGAAUCCCCCCGGAGGAGGAGCUGGUGGAAGUGGCCGGGGUGAGGGCCGUCUGGGCUUCCCUCCUGAAGCUGCUGCCAGGAGGGAAGCCCUGAAGCCGUUCUACACCUCCUCCAACCUGAUUGGUUUUGCUUAUUUCCUCUCCAGGUCCUUCAUGCUGAUUUCUAGCUUAGCUUUCGAGCUCGUACCCCCGAGUUCGCUUAGAUCCUGGUCCAGCCCAUGCUUUACUAACAUCCUCGGACCUCUUCGAGUUUGUUUGUGACCUCUGAGACCAGAUGACGCUGCCCUCCAUGUGAGAUGCUUUUAACAGACAGGCUCUGUGUCCCCUCCCCUGUCCUGGAUCUAAAGCUCCUUAGAGUUCGUGGCGGUGUUGUUGUUCUGACCUCAGACACGCUGAGCGGCGAGUGGAUGUGUGAAGAAAUUCAUCCCACACAUCAAACAGCCACAGACCGCCCUUGUUAUGUUCCCAGCGGGGAGAAAGAAAAGCACUUUUCAUUGAAUGAAGUUGUGUUGAUGUCAGCGCUCGCCGGGCUUUUAGUGAGUACAGAGGAGAUAUCGCCAUGGCAACAGUGACACCAUCGACACGGCGAGGCUCAGAGCUGAUCAUGAAUCUUUAUUGUGUCUGUGUUUGUGUGACUUGAUCAUGACGUGAUGCACAUCCACCUGCUGCUGUAACCGUCCAGGUGACGAGUCCGAUCCUGGGCUUCUGUCCAAAGAGAUGAAACAGCAUCAGAUUAAACAAAAUAAUGUCUAAAUCAAAAUCUAAUCAUCGAUAUCCUUCUGUUUUUCAUUUUUUAUUUAUUAUAGAUUCAUUUAGUUUGAUGUAGCUGUCUUUUAUUGUUCAUUAUAUGCAUCAACUAAGGGAAGAUAAAAAUCAUUAGAAACUGUGUUUAUCCCCGUAGUUCUGGUUCUGGUUCUGGUUCUGGACACUCUUACCCGGGAUUUCCACCACAUCCUAAACGGCUCUGAUCCGGAACGGCAGCAAAUUUCAGCAUACGCCAAUUCCUACCGGAUCUAUUUGUGAGGCGAAUUUCAUGGCAGGAAUCGUGAAAACUCACAAGAACCUGCGGAUUAAUGUGUAAUCACGCGAUAACGAGUUGUCUCUCUAAAGACAGACACAUAGACAUAUAAGCACUAGAUUGUGUCCUUCCAGAGGAGGAAAUCUACUUCUAGACUUCUAGAAUCAGCAUCUCCUCAUCCAUGGUGUCAUCUGGGUGAAAUGACGUCUAAAAUCCUUUCACUUGUUCGUCUCCGCCCGUUUGCAUGGUGUGAAAUACGAUCCUCCUGAAACACGGAAUGUUUUAUUUUGAAAAGAAGCCGGAUGUUUUAUUUUGUGUCUGUGCCCGACUUCCUUUCCAGCACGGGUUAAUCUGUGCUGAAUUUAUCCGCCAUGCUCCGGCGUCCAGAAAAAAUAGAACUCUUGCAGAAGAUCGGAGGAUACGACCUUUUCGUAGACGUUCAGGAUGUGGUGGAAAUGCGGGUAACACAUCUUAUUGCCUCAUGUUACUGAUUUUAAUUCAUAAAAUCAUCUCUUUUUUCAGGGAGUUAUUCUGGUGUACGACAUAACGAACCGCUGGUCCUUCGAUGGGAUCGACCGCUGGAUCAAAGAGAUAGACGAGGUCAGUGAUUGGUCGGUCUGUCUGUCUUCACGUCGGUGUUUCUACGACUCGGACCGUGAUUGUUUCUGUUGAUUUGUUCCAUCUCUAGUGAUUUUUUUACUCCAGUCAGCACGUUGUUAUUUAACAGACAAUCUGGGCUCCUCUCUGAAUGAGUCAGCUACAUUCACAACAACAACAACCCACACAUCGCUGCAGACAAAGCUGCUCUGAAACAGGCCCGCACUUCAACAACAGAUACUCUCUGAUCAGAGAACGUACCCGGGUCCUAUCUGGAACAUUUACACAUUCAUUCGAGGAUUUUUGCUUUUCAGGGUCCACUUAAUGUUGGAUUAAAUAAGAGUAAUAUGUGGAUAAGUCACUGAAAGUAGAACAAAACAAAUGCUUUGUUAGCAGAAGAACUACAGCGUCUGCAGUGCAAAAUGAUUAAUAUGGUGAUUAUUACUUCAAGGAAAUAAUAAAGAAAUGAUCAUAAAUGUUCUUCAUUGAGCUGUGAAACUCCGCUAUAGUCUGUAAUGGACUGGCCUGAGGUCUCACUAGUUUAGGCAAAGUUUGUCUAACUCGGUGUCACGGUGUGUUUGACCCUAACUUAAUUUUACGUCGGAAUAUCCCUUUAAUACCAGGUCUGAAUUCCAGUAAUCAAAGGUGUCCCCACUUUUUAAUAAUUAAGUGUUGGUCCCCACAAAAAUGGACUUACAAGAACACCAACACACACAAACACAAGUCAAGUUCCAAACAAAAACAGACUUUUAACCAGUACUGAAGUCUUUAAAUUGAAUCUAACAUGUGAACUUCCCUGUUUACCCAGCAUGCACCUGGGGUGCCCAAGAUCCUUGUUGGGAAUCGUCUCCACCUGGCCUACAAGCGUCAGGUAACCACAGAGCAGGCGCAGGUGUACGCAGAGAAGCUGGGCGUCACCUUCUUCGAGGUCAGUCCGCUGUGUAACUUCAACAUCACCGAGUCGUUCACUGAACUCGCUCGUAUCGUCCUGAUGAGACACGGCAUGGAGCGGCUGUGGAGACCCAACAAAGGUCAGCCCACGAGAACCUGUCUAAUCUAACUUGUACAAUUAAAACAGUAAAUGUUAGAUUAGGGAGUUAAAAGUUUUUGUACAAAGUAAUAAAAAAGUGACAUGAAAAGGAGAAAGUCACACAGAUAUCACAGUGUCUUCAAUCUGCAUGUCUCUGAACUCCACAUGUAAACUAUCAUUGAAUUGAGUAUCGUCUGGCAUGUGCUGCCCUCUGCUGGAUGAUAAAAGGCAACACGACGAAGCUCCUUAUUUGGUGUCAUGUGAUCAGUUUUACUAAAAUCCAUUUUUUAAAAUGAAAGAAAAGGAUAGCUGUGUUUUGUUUUUUUUUAAGAUUUUUAUUCAGCUAUGUACUCAUUUUUAUUUAUUUGACAGUCAAUAUUUGCAUAAAAACUAUGAAACAGUUAGAAAAUAAUAACAAUAAUGUUGCACCAUAGGGAAAUGUAUGUUUAUUUAAAUCAGUUAAUCAUUGUUUUGUGCACAUUAUUAUCCAUAAUAAUAAUAAUAUUAAUAAUAAUAAUAAUAAUCAUACUAAAACAACAACAAUAAUCAUAACCAUAAUGAUAAUAAUAAUAUAAUAUAACAAGAACCAUAGAAAUGAUAAUGAUAAUAAUAAUAAUAAUAAAAUAAUAAUAAUAAUAAAUAAAUAAUAAUAAUAAAAUAAUGAUAAUAAUGAUAAAAAAUACUGAAAAAAUAAUGAUGAUGAUAAUAAUAAUAAUAAUAAUAAUAAUAAUAAUAAUAAUAAUAAUAAAAUAAUGAUAAUAAUGAUAAAAAUAAUGAAAAAAUUAUGAUAAUAAUAAUAAUAAUAAUAAUAAUAAUAAUAAUAACAAGAACAACAACAAUAAUAAUAAUAAUAAUAAAAACAGCAAUAAUAAUAACAAUAACAAUAAUAAUAAUUAAAAUGAAUAAAUGGUGUAAGUAUCAUGUUUGCAGAUCAAACCUCAGGAGCAGUAGUUCAGGUCAUUUUGAGCAGCUCUUCUUCUCUCUCUCUCUUAGUGUUGAGUCUCCAGGACCUCUGCUGCCGCUCCAUCGUCUCCUGCACACCUGUUCACCUGGUGGAUAAACUCCCCCUCCCUCUCACCCUCAAGUCUCACCUCAAGUCCUUCUCUAUGGCCAACGGCCUCAACGCUCGCAUGAUGCACGGACGCUCCUACUCUGUCACCGCCAACGCCACUGCUCACCACGGCGCCACCAAGAGGACUGGAGGAGCGUUGCUGAAAAAACCCAGACUAAUCAGACCGCCGCCUCUCAGUCCGUCUGCACAAACAUGCAGAAACAGCUGUAAAAUCUCCUAAAGGCUGGACGCACUAACAGAGGACACAUCACCACUCGUUUACAAGACAUAAGAGUUUGACGGUUAUUUUCUUGGACUUGAACUUUCGUAUCUUUGUACAUAUAGAGCUGAAAGUCAGACUUUAAUCUGCUGGUUUUGAAGAGCAGGAUUUCACUUACAGCUUUGAGUAGAAGAAGCAUGUGAGGAAAAUAGACGGACACUAAAUCUCAACUGAAAAAGGCUGAUUUUGUGCUUUUUCUGGAUCUCUUUGGCACCUAAUGUGUUUGGCUGUUUUACAUCAUUGUGUUUACUAACGAGAAAGUGACUUCAUUAAGACAUUGUGUUAACUGCCCAUGGUUCAUCCAUAAGAGUAAUGAAAAAUAUCAUUUCUGAGAACGAAGCUAAAAGGAUAAAAGUGUAAGCAAGGCAUUUCAACAUUUCAGGUCAAAUAGUCAUUAUUCAGCCAAAGUUUCUAUUCAGAGAAAAAUAGUAUAGUGUGUGGCUUACGCUACGUUACCAUGCACUAAUGUUUACACAGAGUGCUAGGUAUGACUAGGUAUGAUGUAGAAGCGCUGUGGUCCAGUCGUACCAGUUUGAUCCAGAGUCUGAUCCAGAAGGAGAGACUCCUGGAGAGAUUCCAACUCUGUCUCUGCAGCAGGACGUUUCUGAACAGUUAGCUACAAAUAUUAUGCGUCAUCAUAUUUUCAUUUUUACUUUGUUCGUGUUGGUACAAGGUGACUUACAUCACGUCAUGGAAGGCGAUAGUUUCAAUGAUAGGUGAAACAAGCAAGAGAGGGAGAGGAUAAACUUUUCUCCUUUUGCGAGGUUUGUAGACAGGCUGGGGAUAAACGUUGUUAGAAAUCCAUUCUGAAGUGAAUUUUGCAUAAUAUCUGACCUUUAAGUCAAUAACUUAAAUCAAUAUGUUUGAUUUUUUUAUCUUCUGGUAUUUCUGAUUUGACAAAGAUGCAAGUGUUUGGAAGAGGAUUAGGGCCACUGAACAACAACAACAAAAAAAAAGCAAAGAUGUUUUUCUCUUCAGUUAAGAGCUCCAGCGCAUUUGAGGAUGCUUUAAGCAUCACAAACUGUAAGUUAAGCUGAAAGGACUUUAUACAAGAACAAGUACCUGCAGGAAGAUUCACAGAGGCUGAUCUUAUUGAUGUUUAAAUGCAGCUGAAUUUCUCGUUUACAUCUUUUUAACAGCAGUUUAUUGUGCCCACAGUUGUGCAGCUUCUUCCUCAGAAAGUUUUUCUACAAACACACACAAACUAGGGGUGCAUGAUAUAAUUGGCACAGCAUCGGUAGCUGUAGUUAAUAGCUGAGGAAGUUAAUUCCCACUGAUGUGACAUCUUAUGUGCUCCAAUAUAAGAUCUGUAUGGAGUAUUUUUAAGUGUCAGGACUCUGUGGUCUUUACUGUAAAAAACUAUGAAAGUAUCAGUAUUGGUGUUGACCUAAAUGGUUUUGAAAAUAUCAUGAUAAUGGAGAAACAGCUCGAGAAGUGUGCAUCCCUAAUUAAAACACACAUUUCUGUACAUACCAGCACUUUGGACACAGUACUUUUGCACAAUGUACUUUAAUGUUUACCUUCUUUUUCUUCUUUACAGCCUGUUUAACUGGCUUUUAAGACACACUAACAGCUGUAAUGGGUGUACAAUAUUUGUACGUUUUGUAAAUAUCUCUGUUUGAUACGAUAAUAAUGGAGAACCUGUGGGGUUUGUAUGUUUUCAGUGUUCUGUGAUAUUUUAUUUUCCCUGAGUGACACCAAAGACUCACCUCUUUCUCACAGAGGAGGUCACUGAACUGAAAGGUGUGUUUUUCACUGUUUGUCGUGUUCAAUGAAAUGCACCUUUACAAUAAACUUUCCCACCGUCACUUAACUGCACUUUCUGUUGUGGUAUUAAAGUCUAACCAGAUUUGUGACCCUUAGAAACCAGAUCUUGUCGUUUUCACCUCCAAAUAAAGCUGACUUGACAACAUUGCUUAAAAUUUGAUAAAAAUAAAGUCUUUGUAGAUAUAGCA